UUGAUCUUUAAGUGUUAGACCAAACACACGCAACAUGCUCCGCUGGUUGGAAAUAGGUGUUCUUUCAGCCAUAUUGUCUCUGGGACAAGGACACUUUUUAUCUGGAUCGUUUAAUUUAACUCUCUACAGACACAUGCCUGUCCUGUACCAACUUGAUGACUACGAUCUAUGUCUGGAUAAUAAAGCUGGCACUUACUGUUUGGUGUACGUCGAGAUUUUACCCAAUGCUAGCUCUGCUCUGUGGCACCAAAUCGACCAAGUUUCACAGGACUCAAAGCACCGCUUUCGUCAUGAUCGCGUCUUUAGGGGCGUGUGUCUGGAGAACUGCAAGCCAAGUAUCAAUAACAUAUCCGAAUUCGAGAAAGAAGAAAUCCUGGAUAAGGAACUUAUAUCCUACUACGACAAGGUACACCGUCGGGAUGAAACGAAUUCAGAUAGGGAUCUCUUUUAUAAAGAUCUUGUGAAAGGCUGUCUAAACCAUAAGUUCAGUGAGAAGUUUUCACUCAGGACUCGCAGCCUUAUCGAGUAUUGUGUCUCUGCCUCGGAUAAGGACUUGAAGCUGGAUUUGCUUGACUUGACGUUUUAUGGUAUUCUGGUAGUUAUAUUGUUUAUAACUUUGUGUUCGUCUUUCCUCGACUAUCGACUGAGAAAGAUGAGCUCGCAAAAAUCAGAAGGUUUUUAUCGAGAGCCACUAAAGGAUCGAAUUGAUUUCGGUUUGCCUCCAGGACAGCGACUCCUUACAUCCUUCUCAGUGGUACGAAAUUAUCAUCGAUUGGUUGAGCCCUAUUACUCAGAUUUCUCGCGUGAUGUGAGCUUUUUCGACGGGUUUCGGGUGAUUGGCGUAUUUGCAGUGAUCUUAGGCCAUACGCUCAUGGUCUUUAUGACUGUUCCAAUAGAAAAUCCGGAGUUCUACGAACAGUUCCUUUUCCGGUUCGAGACAUCAAUAUUCCAGAACGGUAGCCUGGUCAUCCAGAUAUUUUUUGUUAUGAGCGGCUUCCUUCUAUACGUAAACUUCACAAAACGCCAACAGAUUCAACCCAAGACUGGCACGCUUGAGUGCAUUGCUGUGUACUUUCGUGUAUUUUCCUACAGAUACUUUAGACUCCUGCCAUCGCUACUCGCUCUCAUCCUGUUCAAUGGAACACUGUUGGUGCGUCUUCAAAACGGCCCCUUUUGGCGACAUCUUACGGAGGCCGAGCGGGUCUUCUGUCGCUCCAACUGGUGGAAGAACGUGUUUUUCGUGACCAACCACAUGCUGGAAGACAGUUGCUCCCAUCAGACCUGGUACCUAGGUGCAGACAUGCAGCUAUUCGAGCUCUUCCUAAUAGUAAUUAUUAUAACCAAGAAGCAUCCCAAGCUGACAAGGGCAAUCUACACAACACUUUUAGCACUUGCCAUUGCAGUACCUGCUAUACUGACCUACGUUUUCGAGCUGGAUGGUAUCUACCAUAUUCGUCCGGAAACAUAUCGCUACUUGUACUUCCGACACUCCGACACAUUUUACCAAAUGUAUCCGCCCUUUUACACAAAUUUGGGAGGCUACCUGUUUGGUUUUCUGUGCGGUCAUUUUUACCUUAGGCAGCGUUCUGGAAAAGUUCAACUCCUGGGUCACCUUAAGUACGAUCUGGCCAUGUGGCUGAUCUGCCGGCGCUAGAUGCCACGGCCCUGGAACUGCCCUACAAG